AUGGAAGAAGAGGAAGAAAAGAACUUUGGAGAAACUAAUGUACUCUCAGAUAGGGUAGGAGGAUCUCAUCAGGGGAACGUUAAUUUUACAACUGGCGAGGAAGCUGUAUUAAGAAAUGAUAAUGCAGUGUCACAGGGGUUUUGUUCUGCAUCUAUGAUUGGGAAUAAGGACAAAUCUGAGCAUGUAUCUCUAGAAAAUCAGGCUAAGACUGCUGGGGAGUCUCAUGGUGGUCAGGUGGAUACGAAUCCAUCCGAAGAUUUAGACCGUGACAGAGGCUCAUCAGGUGGGUUUGAGGAGCAUGAUUCUUUCCCAAUGAUUGGAACAUGGCAUGACCGUUCUAAUUCAAGCCCUGGACCAGCAAGACAUACAGAUUAUGAUAUUAGGCAGUCAAGCUCGGCAACUUGUCUUGAUUCUGUCUUUUAUGCAGAUUCUGGAUAUUCACCCCAUGCUUCGCCAAGAAAGGCAAAGCCAAAAGCUGCUAUGCCUCACGUGUCUCCUGAGCUAUUGCAUUUGGUGGAUUCUGCCAUUAUGGGCAACCCUGAAAGCUUGAACAAGCUGAAGAAUAUUGUAGCUGGGGUUGAGACUUUUGGAAGUGAGGAAGACAUGGAGAGCAUUCCUUUCUUGGUUGUUGAUUCACUUAUUGCCACAAUGGGCGGAGUUGAAAGUUUUGAAGAGGACGAGGAUAACAAUCCUCCUAGUGUGAUGCUAAACUCUCGGGCUGCAAUAGUGGCAGGUGAGCUAAUUCCUUGGCUUCCUUGGGAAGGAGAUAGUGACAUUGCCAUGUCUUCCAGGACACGGAUGGUUAGAGGCUUGCUUGUUAUAUUGCGGGCUUGCACAAGAAACAGGGCAAUGUGCUCUAUGGCUGGUUUAUUACAAGUGCUUUUGAGGUCAGCUGAGAAUAUUUUUGCUCAGGGUGUUGGCUCACUAGAGCAUAUAAAAUGGGAUGGGACUCCCUUAUGUUAUUGCAUCCAACAUUUGGCGGGGCAUUCACUUAGUGUUAUUGAUUUGCGUAGAUGGUUUCAGGUCAUUACAAGAACACUGACUACCAUUUGGGCACCUCGCUUAAUGAUUGCAUUAGAGAAGGCAGUGAGUGGGAGAGAGUCGAGGGGGCCAGCACGCACCUUUGAAUUUGAUGGUGAAAGCUCUGGUUUGCUUGGUCCUGGGGAAAGUCGUUGGCCAUUUACCAAUGGAUUUUCCUUUGCAACGUGGAUCUACAUUGAAUCCUUUGCAGAUACAUUAAACACAGCAACUGCUGCAGCUGCAAUUGCUGCUGCAGCUGCAGCCAAGUCAGGAAAAUCAUCGGCUAUGUCUGCUGCUGCCGCUGCAAGUGCCCUUGCUGGUCAAGGCACAGCGCACAUGCCUUGUUUAUUUAGCUUCUUAUCUGCUGAUAAUAAGGGAAUAGAGGCAUAUUUUCAUGCACAAUUUUUAGUGGUUGAAAGUGGUAGCGCAAAAGGAGAGAAAACAUCUUUACAUUUUACUCAUGCAUUCAAACCUCAGUGUUGGUAUUUUAUUGGAUUGGAAUAUGUAUGCAGGCAGGGAAUUAUUGGGAAAGCAGACAGUGAAUUGAGAUUAUAUAUUGAUGGAUCUUUGUAUGAAAGCCAUCCUUUUGAAUUUCCUCGCAUUUCCAAGCCACUAGCUUUCAGUUGCGUUGGGACAAGCCCUCCUCCGGCAAUGGGCGGCUUACAGCGCCGUCGCCGUCAAUGCCCUUUAUUUGCUGAAAUAGGCCCAGUGUAUAUCUUUAAGGAACCAAUUGGGCCUGAAAGAAUGGCACGAAUAGCUUCUAGGGGAGGGGAUAUGCUGCCUUCUUUUGGUAAUGGUGCAGGACUUCCUUGGCUAUCCACAAAUGAUCAUGUUCAAAGAAUGGCAUGGGAAAGUUGUUUAUUAGAUGCUGAAAUUGGAGAUUGUCUUCACCUACUCUACCACCCCUGUCUUCUUACUGGGUGGUUCUGUCGAGAUGCUUCUCCUUCUGGCUCAGCAGGAAUUCUGCGCAGACCUGCUGAGGUUCUUGGACAAGUCCAUGUUGCAACACGAAUGAGACCUGUGGAGGCUCUUUGGGCUUUAGCCUAUGGAGGUCCCAUGUCCUUACUUCCUCUGGCUGUCAGCAAAAUGUGUCAAGAUAGCUUGGAACCAGAACAGGGUAGUCUUCCAUUGUCUUUGGCUACAGCAGCUCUAGCUGCUCCAAUAUUUAGAAUUAUUUCUAUUGCCCUCCACCACCCAGGGAACAAUGAAGAGAUACGUCGCACAAGGGGCCUUGAGAUUCUUUCAAGAAUCUUAGACUAUCUUUUACAAACUUUGUCUUCUCUUGGGGAUGGAAAGCAUGAUGGUGCGGGAGAUGAGGAGCUUGUUGCAGCUGUGGUUUCUCUAUGUCAAUCUCAGAAGCAUAAUUACGUACUUAAAGUGCAGCUUUUCAGUACACUGCUUUUGGAUCUUAAAAUUUGGAGUUUGUGCAGCUAUGGGCUCCAAAAGAAACUCCUAUCAUCGCUUGCAGAUAUGGUCUUCACACAGUCAACAGUGAUGCGAGAUGCCAAUGCUAUGCAGAUGCUCCUUGAUGGCUGCAGAAGGUGCUACUGGACAAUUUCUGAAAAGGACUCCUUGGAUACUUUCUCCUUACUUGAUGCUACACAGAGAGUAGGUGAAGUGAAUGCUUUGGUUGAUGAACUCUUAGUUGUCAUUGAACUUUUAAUAGGAGCAGCACCACCUUCAUUGGCUGCAGAUGAUGUGCGUUGUUUACUAGGAUUCAUGGUUGAUUGCCCACAACCUAAUCAGGUUGCCAGGGUGCUACAUUUAAUCUACAGGCUAGUGGUACAACCAAAUUCCACCAGAGCUCAAACAUUUGCAAGUUCUUUCAUGGGUUCUGGUGGGAUAGAAACACUACUUGUCCUCCUGCAACGAGAAGUUAAAGCUGGCGAUCACAACAUUCCUGAAACUAGCACUAAGGAGGAUGAAAGCUUGCCUGUUCAAAGAUCUGAACCAGAAGGAAGCCAGGAUGAACGGUCUACGAAGGAGAGGGAUCAAAUUUCACAGAAAGAUUUUGAAUCUCUAUUCCUUGAUGGUAGUAGUAGCCUUGUGGCAGCUUCUCCUAGUGUGAAAAUGGAAAGGAUGUCAUCUGUUUCUGAAAUUGCUUUUAUGAAGAAUUUGGGUGGAAUAAGUAUUUCAAUUAGUGCCGACAAUGCAAGGAAUAAUGUUUACAAUGUUGACAAAAAUGAUGGAAUUGUUGUUGGGGUCAUUGGACUGUUAGCCGCUUUAGUAGCACAUGGGCAUCUGAAAUUUGGUUCACGCGAGUCCUCAGAAAUGACAAGCAGCCUUUUUGGUGUUGCAUUGAGUGAUUCAGGUGGCAGUAUGUUUGAUGAUAAAGUUUCUCUUCUGUUUUAUGCUUUGCAGAAGGCUUUUCAGGCUGCUCCUAACAGGCUUAUGACAAGCAACGCUUACACUGCUUUAUUGGGGGCCUCAAUCAAUGCUUCUUCGACAGAGGAUAGGUUGAGCUUUUAUGAUUCUGGCCAUCGUUUUGAACACUUACAACUUUUGGUGGUUUUGUUGCGUUCGCUGCCAUAUGCAUCUAGAUCUUUCCAAAGCCGGGCACUACAGGAUCUUCUGUUUUUGGCUUGCAGUCAUCCAGAAAAUAGAAGUAGUCUAACAAAAAUGGAGGAAUGGCCUGAGUGGAUACUAGAGGUCCUUAUCUAUAACUAUGAGAUGGAUGAAAGAAAACAGUCUAAUUCAGUAAGCUUUGGAGACAUAGAGGAUCUCAUACACAAUUUCCUGAUUAUUAUUUUGGAGCAUUCAAUGCGCCAAAAGGAUGGAUGGCAGGAUAUUGAAGCUACAAUUCAUUGUGCAGAAUGGCUCUCUAUUGUGGGUGGAUCAAGCACUGGGGAUCAGAGAAUUAGGCGUGAAGAAUAUUUGCCAAUAUUCAAGAGAAGGCUUUUGAUUGGGUUGCUGGACUUCGCUGCUAGAGAGCUGCAGGCUCAGACUCAAGUUAUUGCUGCAGCUGCUGCUGGGGUUGCAGCAGAAGGUUUGUCCCCAAUGGAAGCCAAGGCACAAGCAGAGAACGCUGUGCAACUUUCUAUUUUUUUGGUAGAGAAUGCAAUUGUCAUUUUAAUGCUUGUUGAAGAUCAUUUACGGUUACAAAGUAAACUUUCUUGUGCAUCACGCAAAGCUGAGGGUAUUGUAUCUCCGCUUUCUCUCGUAUCUCCCCUAUAUAAUUACUCAAAUUCCAUUGCAUCAACUGGUAGAGAAUCAACUGGUAGAGAAUCAUCAGAAGGUUCGGAUGAUCGUAGAUCUGGAAAUUCUGGCGGACUUCCUCUUGAUGUCCUUGCUUCAAUGGCUGAUGCAAACGGGCAGAUUUCUGCAAAGGCGAUGGAACGGCUUACUGCUGCUGCUGCAGCUGAGCCAUAUGACUCUGUCUCCUCAGCUUUUGUGUCAUAUGGAAGUUGUGCUAUGGAUAUAGCUGAGGGUUGGAAAUACAGGAGCCGCUUAUGGUUUGGGGUUGGCUUUCCUAAAACUGGCGAGUUUGGCGCUGGUGGCAGCGGCUGGGAGUUGUGGAGUGCUGCUUUACAAAAGGAUCCUAACGGGAAUUGGAUUGAAUUUCCUCUAGUGAAGAAGUCUGUAAGCAUGCUCCAAGCUUUAUUGUUAGAUGAUUCUGGACUUGGUGGCGGUCUUGGUAUAGGUGGUGGAUCAGGUACUGGGAUGGGAGGAAUGGCAGCACCUUACCAGUUACUGGACAGUGACCAACCAUUUUUAUGCAUGCUUCGCAUGGUGCUUCUUUCAAUGAGGGAAGAUGAUAAUGGAGCAGACAAGAUGGUCGCGAGGAAUGUGGGCAUAGAAGAUGGAGUGCCAGAAGCAUUGUAUCACCAAGGAGAGAACAUCAUGUCCUUAGACAACAGUGAUGGAAUCGCAGCAGGAAAUCCAGAGUCAGCAUUGUUGUGGAGUGUGCUUUCUCCUAUUCUGAACAUGCCAAUUUCUGAUUCCAAGAGACAGAGAGUUUUGGUAGCAUCCUGUGUUCUCUAUUCUGAGAUAUGGCAUGCUGUUGGGAGGGAUAGAAAGCUGCUUCGUAAACAGUAUCUUGAAGCCAUUGUACCACCUUUUAUUGCUGUUUUGAGGAGAUGGAGACCACUUUUGGCAGGAAUCCAUGAACUUGCUACUGCUGAUGGUUUGAAUCCUCUAGCUGUUGGUAAUCCUGUGUUGGCUGCUGAUGCUCCACCGUUAGAGACAGCUCUUGCAAUGAUCUCUCCAGAUUGGGCUGCUGCAUUUGCAUCACCACCAGCUGCAAUGGCAUUGGCAAUGAUUGCUGCUGGGGCUAGCGGAGCAGAAACUCCAGCUUCUCCAGCAACCACACAGUUUAAACGUGAAUCCUCAAUGCUUGAGCGUAAAACAACUAAGCUGCAUACUUUUUCAAGCUUUCAUAAACCUCCCACAGCUUCUAACAAAUCAUCAUCCUUUCCAAAAGACAAGGCUGCUGCAAAAGCUGCUGCCUUGGCAGCUGCACGUGAUCUUGAACGCAACUCAAAGAUUGGUUCUGGAAGAGGUCUCUGUGCUAUUGCAAUGGCUACUUCUGCACAGAGGAGGAAUGCUAGUGAUCUGGAACGUGUGAAAAGAUGGAAUGAAUCUGAAGCCAUGGGAGUUGCUUGGAUGGAAUGUCUGCAACCAGUUGAUACAAAAUCAGUCUAUGGGAAAGAUUUUAAUGCUUUAUCCUAUAAAUUUAUUGCAGUCCUUGUUGCAAGUUUUGCUUUAGCAAGAAAUAUUCAGCGGUCAGAGAUUGAUAGGCGCACACAAGUUGAUCUAGUUGCACGACACCAGUUAUUCACUGGGAUUCGAGCGUGGCGUAAACUUGUUCUUUGCUUGAUAGAGAUGAAAUGUCUCUUUGGACCAGCAGGGGACCAACCUAGUCAGGCACGUACUUUAUGUAAGCUAAGGUUUAUGGAGAGUUCUUCGAGAAUGAGACCAUAUUUGAGAAGGAAUUACACAGGGACUGCUCAUUUUGACGGUGCUACUAAUUUUGAAGAUCAAAGUGAUCUGAAAAACAAUCAGCAAGAUGUCAUAAGCUCAUCUACUGCUCCUAUUCUGGCAGCAGAAGCAAUCUCAACAAAUUUAUUGAAUGAAGAUGAUGAACAGCCAGAACAUGAUAAUGAAGACAAUAGAGGCUAUGAAAAUGACCAAGGUGGAAAAGAUCAGCCAAGGCUUUAUGGAAUAUCUGGGCAACCCUUGCACAAAAUGGUAGAAUCUACCGAUUCUCAAUUUUCCAAUGAGCAAGACUUGGUCCCAAGUUUAUCAGCAGUUGCUCCUGGAUACAAUUCUAGUGAACUUGGUGAGAGAAUUGUGUUUGAACUUCCUUCAUCCAUGGUUAGACUGCUGAAGAUUAUACGAGGAACAUUUCAAGUAACCACAAAGAAAAUAAAUUUUAUAGUUCAUAAUACGGAAAACAACACAACAAUGGAUGGUUUGGAACGCAACUCUGAAAUGAGAAAUGACCAAAAAGACCAUAGUUGGCUGAUUACUUCUCUUCAUCAAAUGUAUAGCCGAAGAUAUCUCUUAAGACGAAGUGCCUUGGAGCUGUUCAUGGUUGACCGUUCUAACUUCUUCUUUGAUUUCGGGAGUUCCGAGGCCCGAAGAAACGCCUACCAAGCUAUUGUUCAAGCACAACCUCCUCAUUUGAACAACAUUUAUCUUGCAACUCAGAGACCAGAACAACUUCUGAAAAGAACUCAGUUAAUGGAGCGCUGGGCCAGGUGGGAGAUCAGCAAUUUUGAAUAUUUAAUGCAGCUAAACACAUUGGCUGGGCGUAGUUACAAUGACAUAACUCAAUAUCCAGUAUUCCCAUGGAUUCUUUCUGACUACAGUUCAAAGAGUUUGAAUCUUGCUGAUCCAUCUGCUUACAGAGAUCUUUCAAAGCCUGUUGGGGCACUUAAUCCAGAUCGUCUGAAGAAAUUCCAAGAGAGAUAUGCUAACUUCAAUGAUCCGGUUAUCCCCAAGUUCCACUAUGACUCACACUAUUCAAGUGCCGGAACUGUUUUGUACUAUCUUGUUAGAAUAGAGCCAUUUACUACUCUUUCAAUUCAGCUGCAAGGUAGAAAUUUUAAUCAUUCAGACCGGAUAUUUUCAGAUGUUGCUGCUACUUGGAAUAGAGUUCUUGAGGACAUGAGUGAUGUGAAGGAAUUGGUUCCUGAACUGUUUUACCUUCCUGAGAUGUUAACCAAUGAAUAUUCAAUCAACUUCGGAACAACACAAGUAGGAAGAAAUCUUGAUUCUGUUAAACUCCCACCAUGGGCCCAAACCCCAGUUGAUUUCAUUCAUAAACAUCGAAUGGCUCUUGAGAGUGAGCAUGUCUCUGCACAUUUGAAUGAAUGGAUUGACCUCAUAUUUGGGUAUAAGCAACGAGGCAGAGAAGCGAUAUUGUCCAAUAACAUGUUCUUAUACAUUACAUAUGAAGGGACAGUUGAUAUUAAUAGGAUCUCUGAUCCAGUACAACAGUGUGCUACACGAAACAAGAUCGCUUAUUUUGGACAAACUCCUUCCCAACUCCUUACUGUUCCUCACAUGAAGAAGAUGCCACUUUCAGAGGUUCUUCAUUUGCAGACAAUCUUUCGGAACCCAAGAGCAGUCAAACCAUAUGCUGUCCCAGUUCCUGAACGCUGCAAUUUGCCUGCAUCUGCUAUUCAUGCAUGUUCAGAUGCUCUCAUAAUUGUUGGCACAAAUGCACCAGCAGCUCAUAUUGCACAGCACAAGUGGCAGCCGAACACUCCUGAUGAUCAGGGAACACCAUUUAUGUUUGAACAUGGAAAGGCAAUCGCAAGCUCAGCUGGUGGUGCACUUAUAAGAAUGUUAAAAAUGCCAGCUGGCUCUGGUUCUGAUGAGGAGCAGUUUCCCCAGGCACUAGCAUAUGCUUCGUCUGGGAUCAGGAGUUCAUCUAUUGUUUCCAUCACAUGUGAUAAAGAAAUUGUUACAGGUGGACAUGCGGAUAACAGUAUCAAGUUACUCUCAUCUGAAGGAGCAAAAACACUAGAAACGGCUUUUGGACACUGUGCUCCUGUCACUUGCCUUGCUCUAUCACCAGAUAACAACUAUCUCGUGACCGGUUCCCGGGACACUACUGUAUUACUUUGGAGGAUACAUAGGGCAUUAACAUCCAGCUCAAGCAGCACAUCAGAAGCAACUGCUGACCCUGGCACACCAACCUCAACUACUGGUACUUUAGCUAACACCUUUGCAGAAAAAAGCAGGAAGCAUAGGAUAGAAGGUCCCAUACAUGUUCUUCGGGGUCACCGCAACGAAGUUAUUUGUUGCUGUGUCAAUUCAGAUCUAGGUAUUGUUGUUUCAUGUGGUCAUUCAUCAGAUGUUCUCUUACAUUCUAUAAGGAAGGGUUGCUUGAUGAGACGGUUUGCUGGUGUCGUAGCUGACACUGUCUGCCUUUCUUCUGCGGGAAUCAUUUUAACCUGGAACCAAUCGCAACAUGUUCUCAGAACAUUCACUCUCAAUGGGAUUCCAGUGGCAACAGCAAAAGUUCCUUCCUUUGGUGGUCUCAGUUGCAUGGAAAUUUCUGUGGAUGGCAACAGUGCUUUGAUUGGAAUGAACUCAUCUUCCAAUGGAGUGUUCAAUAACAACCAAAACUUCAGCUUUAAGAAUCCCGGGGUUGAUGAUUCAAAUCUCGAGUCAGAAGAGAUCGAAGAAUUGGAUAUUCCAUCACCUUCAGUUUGCUUCUUGGAUCUGCAUGCUCUGAAGGUGCUCCAUGUGUUGAAACUGGGAAAAGGGCAGGAUAUUGCAGCUCUUGCUUUGGACAAGGAUAACACAAAUCUUCUAGUUUCAACCGCAGAUAAGCAGUUGAUCAUUUUCACCAAUCCAACCUUGAGUAAGAAAAUGGCAGAGAAGAAACCCAAGGUUGGUAGGGAAGGUGAAGCAGCCAGCCCUCGUCUAAAAUCAUAGUCUUCAAUUCAGCCUUUUUUGAGCUUUGAGUGGUGAUGAUAAUAUACAAGAUGCAACCAUUGAUGUCACCAUGGUCCAUAUUAUUAUGCAAAAUCAAAUCAAUAAACACGACUUUAAAAAGGCCUAUCCAAGUGCUGCUGCUGCUGCUGCUGCUGCUGCUUCUGUGUACAUAUAUUUUAUGCAUUGUAUAUUUUCACUACUGAAAAACAAACCCUCUAACAAAAGGGCUUUUAGGCUGAUUCCUUUUGCUUAUUCCAUUUGUGAAAAUGAUGAGCUGAGAUCUUCAUGUUUUUGUUCAUCAAUUCUUUUAGGACGCAUUUUUGGUUUUGUAUCUAAUUGUGACCAAUUAGAUUGAGAAGGCUUCAUGGAUUUUAAUUGAGAUCAUAGAUGUCAUUUCUCACA